AUGGAUUUCUGUGGACCGCUACCAACAGGGGAAUACCUUAUGGUCAUCAUGGACGAGUACUCUAGAUACCCAAACGUUGAAAUUGUGAAGUCCGUAUCUGCAAACAUAGUUAUCCCUGUUUUGGACAAAGUACUGUCAACAUUCGGCUGCUGCAAAGUAAUCAAAACCGACAAUGGCAGCCCAUUCAACUCGCACGCUUUCGCGAAAUUCGCAGAACACAGCGGUUUCAAACAUCGCCGCAUCACACCUCACUGGCCGCGGGCCAACGCACAGGCUGAGGCAUUCAACAAACCGCUGAUGAAACUUGUUCGUACUGCUCAUCUUGAACACAAAUCUUGGAGGCAGGAGCUUUACAAGUACCUUCGGCAGUAUCGAGCCACACCACACCCAUCCACUGGGUUCACGCCAUACCAACUAAUGUUCGGACGCAAGCCACGCACACGACUCCCACAGAUCGACCUAAACAAUCCAUCUACAUUAGAUCAUCAAGCUCGCGUGAACGACGAGCAGGCAACAUCCACGCAGAAACGCUACGCCGACAUUCGUUUGAAUACCCGACAAAACGACAUCGCAGUCGGUGACACUGUCCUUGUGAAACAUGACACUAAAUCAUCCAAACUCUCCACACCAUUUGACCCCCAGCCAUACAGUGUCACCGCAAGGAAAGGCAGCAUGAUCACUGCCUCUACAAAUGGCCACAACAUCACUCGGAAUUCCUCACGUUUUAAGGGCAUUCCCUCAGACUCCAACAACAGCUACCGACGCGAUUACAUUGAAGAGGAGAAGGAUUACACUCCACCUAACACCCCCGACAUCACAGCAGAAACACCGCCUUCAGUGCCACCUACCAUACCAGCACAAUCAACCGACUCGCAUUCGCAAAACCCCCAAAUAUCUUGA